AUGCAAAGCCUAGAUGGCAGUCGUCGUCCAGAAGUAAGGAUUAAUUUGUAUACUCUUUUUCAACAGAAUCAGGACAUCAAGCAAAGGGUUAUUGUGCACAUACACGCAUUUUCCAAGCAUUUCACCAUGGCUCCUUCACGAGUUAAGAAGAUAUUACUACUCGAAAGUAUUGCGUUGAAAGUGAAUAGAAAAAAACUAAAACGAUCGUGGGUGCAUGAGAUUAAUAUAUGUAGGAAAUCGUUCGGAGAAUUCUAUCACCUCUAUCGAGAUGCCAGAAAAUAUCCAGAAAAAUUUUAUGAAUACUUGAGGAUGUCAAAGGAAUCUUUCGACCUUCUCCUAAGCCAUUUGGAUCCUUAUUUAUGUGGGAUUGGAACCAAUUUCCGUGAAAGGAUUUCAGCAGAACAACGUUUGGUUAUAACAUUGAGAUUUCUUGCUACUGGAGAAUCCUAUCGAUCCCUAGCUCUACACUUCAGAUUGGGGGUGGCAACAGUUUCAAAUAUUGUAAAUCAUACAUGCAUGAACAGGAGGGAUUUAAGACAAAUAAGGAAUGUCAGACGGGCUUUAGCGGCGAUAUUAAUCCGAGUACCUACACACACUCCCAGUAUCGCUUUUCCGAAGAUGCAAAGAGAACCAGAGAAAUAUUAA